AUGCCAUUCGGACACUUCUUCAGGCAUGCAGAUGAACCAGCCGCGCACCAGGGCUGGGGCCCUCUAAUUACAGACUCCAAACAACCUACCCCUCUGUUCACCCGGCUCCUAGAUGCAAUAUUCAUCUACUUCACCAACACCCCACCAGUCGACUCCAGGGGUUUUGAUCCCGUCAAAUAUGCUUCUGUCUUCACAGCCCUCUUCUACUCCGACAACAACAACCUCAGUCGCCGUUACUACAUGUUUGCCUCAGAGAAUCACAUGCCCGCCCCUGAGCAAUUUGCGUAUCAAGCCUUGACAAUAUUUUACCGCACCCAUGACAUACAACACGUAAUGAAUGGCCAAACCCCAGUAAUGACCAGAGACGGAUUUCAUCUGGUAAUGUUGAGAGAUACGUUGGGGGAUCCCGAGAUACAGUACCAAAGAUUCAAUGCGUUUCUGGCCGCCCACGGAGGUGAUUUGGUGGAUUCCAUGACUGGUCGGCGGUUUCCGUCAGUGCCCAUUCCUAGGGAUUCAAUGCCCAGGGAGAGGGAUUCGGAGACGUGGUCGAGAGAGGCGGAGAUGACGAGGGAUUUCAACGAGGAGUUGGGCAUAUAUCUGGAAGAACUGAAUAGGAUGGGAGCUUGGAGGCAUGAUAUGACGAUGGCUAGUAUGUCGCCUGGGGUCUGGGUGAGUGGAUAUCUGCGAUAG